AUGAAUCAAACACCAUUGGUCUUGGGUGUUUAUCACAUCUCCUUUCCUACAAACUCAGUGAACUUUCGUACAGAAUACACAAGCGAGUCUGAUCCUGUUAUUAAAAACUAUUUACAAUUUUCUUAUCCCGAGCUUCAAGAAUUAAAAUACGAGUCUAUCAUAGGAAUUCCAGACAAAGUGUUUUCGUGUAUUCGAACGACAAUAGAACAUGAGUACGAGUAUGUCUACAUUCUUCGAUAUUCCACUCCAUAUCCACAUAACAUAUUUAUCGUCACUUCACAGCAUCAUUCUUUCUUUAUCGAUUGUCUUCAUUGUAUCUAUCAGUCUCGUGCACGUGUAAACAUUUCUUUACUAUUGAGCAAUAUCAAAACACUGACCUCGUCGAGUUUUGAGCAACCCAUCAUCAACUUGGGUAACUACCAAAUUGGUGUGAAAAAGAACAAGGACAUUCUUGCGACAAUUCGGAUGUUAGGUGUUAACACUUUUGUCGACAUUUUUUUCAAAAUAAUGUUAGAGGAGCGCUACGUGUUUGUUACAAAUUCGUUCGAGUUACUCCAACCAACAAUUUUUGCGUUUCAGUACCUCUUAACUCCGUUUGUUUGGCAACAAAUUUUGAUACCCGUUCUUCCAAUGUUCUUAUCUGGGUAUAUAAGUACAAUUAUACCAUGUAUCAUCGGGUGUACAAAUGGGACUUAUGGGGCAUAUAUCAUGGAUUUUAAUGAAGACGACGUUGGGCUCCAUGUUUUUGAUCUUGAUAAGAAACACGAGACAACAAAGUCGAUUGUACCAAACAUGUUGUUGAACCAAUUCUUUGGGCUCUUUUUGGGGAAGCUCGACCACUUAAUCCAAAACGAAGAAACAACCGACGACAACGUAUCAAAUCUUUUUCUCGAAUUUUUUAAAAGCAUGUUGGGGCAUUUUCGCUAUUAUUUUGAUGUCUCGAAAGACGGAGGAACUGGGUUCAACGUUGAAGCCUUUUUACUUGGGACACCAGACACUUUCAAGGAAUACGUGAAGAGAUUUACAGAGACACAGAUGUUCUGGAUGUUCAUCGAAGAGCAGCAAACCAACUUCGAGAAGAAAACACCGUUCUAUAAUUUUAUUGACGCAAAGACUGAGACAUCUUAUUUGUCUCUUCUGAACGUGAGCACAAUCGAGAGGCGAUGCGGUUUGUGUUUACAGACGAUAAAACGAAAUGACCCGAUCUUUCAAUAUGCAGACAAAAGUGUGUGUCAUCGUCAAUGUGCCUGUUGCUCUAUUUGCAAACGAUUUUCAGACAUUAAAAAGUGCCCCCUUUGUGUUGACAUCAAACAGCCUAUGACGCAGGAAGAGAUCAACAAAAAGUACGAACAAGCAUUACAAGGGAAAUCACUUCUUCGUUCGAAAAUGGAUAGCGUGUGGUUAUCUGAGCAAACUUCUCAAUUGCUCAAAAACAAUUUAACAGAGGAAUUAACAAGUUCAUUCCACAACUCAAUGACAUUGUCCUUCCGCAAAUUGUUGGACAAACGGACAUCCACAAAUCACUUAAAAGACGCUCUUCUAGUGGCUGGAAGUGCAGCCUCUAUUUCUAAAGAAGUUACAAAACACCACAUGAUAUCAACAACAACACCACCACCCCUUCCACCAAAACCUAAGUUUAAAAGACAAUUACCCAAGACCGAAGUCUCAAAAUCAUGUGACUCACUCACAAUGCCAAGUCACAUCCUUAAUGAUGAUUUGACCAUUGCGGUGAAGCCGAUACGAAAGCCACUCCCUCCCAAACCGUAUUAG